AUGUCGGUGGUUUCGUUGCUUGGUGUGCGGGUGGUGAACAACCCGGCCCCCUUUACCGCCCCUUACGAGUUCGAGAUCACAUUCGAGUGUCUGGAACAACUACAAAAAGAUCUGGAAUGGAAACUGACCUACGUCGGUUCUGCGACUUCGUCUGAGUAUGACCAGGAGCUGGACUCGUUAUUAGUUGGCCCAAUUCCAGUUGGUGUCAACAAGUUUAUAUUCGAGGCCGAUCCUCCAGACUUAAAGAGAAUACCCACAUCCGAAAUUCUGGGAGUCACAGUCAUUCUCCUUACCUGCAGCUACGAUGGCAGAGAAUUCGUUCGAGUUGGAUACUACGUGAAUAAUGAAUACGACUCGGAAGAGUUGAAUGCAGAGCCACCCACCAAACCGAUAAUUGAGAGAGUUGUACGCAAUGUACUGGCAAAGAAGCCUCGAGUCACGCGGUUUGCAAUCAAAUGGGAUUCUGAGGACUCUGCGCCUGCAGAGUAUCCCCCAGACCAACCAGAUGUAGACGCCCUUGAUGAUGACGGAACAGGUUACGGUGCUGAGGAGGUAGAGCUCCAGGCCGCACUUGAGAAGGAGCUGGAAGAGUUGGACAGAGAAGAAGCGAACAAUGAUGGCAUGGAAAUUGAGGGCCCUGCCGCCGACGAGGGCAAUGCUGAUGAAGACGAUGAUGAUGCCGGCAGUGAAGAUCUGGAAGAAGAGAGCAGCGAGAGCGAGGACGAGGGCGACGGCGAUGAAGAUGUCGAAAUGGGUGACGGGGACGCCGCCGACAACAACCAGGCUGAUCCCAAGGCCGCCGAAGCCCAGCAACACUCCGAAGUCAUGGUACACUGA